CGUUGCUGCUGGAGCUCCGCCGCCGUCACCGUUAUAUCUGCCAAGUGUCUGCGGGAGUUUGAAGCUCUGUGAAGGGAUGAGACGACGGAGAAAAGAGGACGAAGUCCGCCAGGAAACUUGCUCGAAAUUCUGGAAAAUGAUUUCAAUGGCGAGGUGGUGGAUUUUAAUCGUUUGUCUGACAGAUGUCCUCCCUCCCCGUUGCUCGGGGGUUCAUGUGUACGUGAGAGAUGAGAAGAGGUAUGCCGUGCUGUUCCAGUCAGUGGUCCUGCCGUGUCAGUACAACAGCGUGUCCACCCAGAUCCCCGUGGUGCAGUGGGUCUACAAGUCAUACUGUCGCGACCGCACCCGAGAUUCCUUCAGCUUCCCCGACAGCCUGAGCGGAGGACUGGGAGCAGGCGGGAUGACUGGUGGAACCGGAGGAGUCGGUGGAGGGUACGAGACAGGGAUGACGGCGGGCUACCUCGACUGCGCAGACAGCGGCCGCACAGUCCGAACUGUGGCAUCCAUCUCUGGUUCCUCAAUCACGCUGUCAGAGUACUACAAGAACAGAGACAUCUCCAUCAUCAACAAGGCAGACCUGCGCAUAGGCGAGGUCCAGUGGGGAGACAGUGGAGUUUACAUAUGUAAAGUGGUUAUAGCUGAUGAUUUGGAGGGACAAAACGAAGCCUCCGUGGAGCUGCUGGUUCUUGGUUUCUCAGGUGUGCCUGAAGAUCUCCUGCCAGAGUUUGAUUUGAAGAUUAUGCCAGAGUGGGUGUUUGUGGCGGCAGUGGCGCUGGGCAGUGUUUUGUUCCUUCUGUUGGUUGGGGUUUGUUGGUGUCAGUGCUGUCCUCACUCGUGCUGCUGCUAUGUCAGCUGCUGGUGCUGCCCUGACACUUGCUGUUGCCCUAGACACCUAUAUGAGGCAGGUAAGGGUAUAAAGACGGGCACCUCCACCCCUCAGUCACCAGCCUACCCUCCAUACUUUGUCACUGGAGUCCCGACGAUGGUUCCUAUUGCACCCCCUUCCCUGGUGGACAAGAUGUCUUCUGUCUCACCUUCAGAUGGCAGUCUACUUACAGCAGUGCCCAUGCAUGCUGUAGGGCUUCCCUACCGCGUGCCUUCACCCCAGGAUCAGAACUCUCUCAGGGUGCUGCAGUAUGUAGAGAAACAACUGGCUCACUUCAACCCUGCCAGGUCCAACAGCCACCAAUCCUGCAGCUUGUCCGAGCUGAGCUCCCUCCAUGAGGGAGAAACGGGCUUCCGCCAAACAUACAGAAAUGUCCAAAAGAAAGCUCUGCCCGCCAUCCCCGACCACGACCCUCAGCCUGAACCCCAACGUUACCGCGAAAACCGCAGCCCAGACCCGCAGCGCUACCGUGACAAUCCCCCUUCACCACAACGAUAUCGGAGUGACCCAGACUCAGAGCCCCGCCACCGUGAGGACGAGCCCCUUCCUCCACGGCGGUACAGCGACGACCCCCCGUCCUCUUCACAGUCACGCAGGCCUGGCCGAAAUCAACGGCAACAGAAUCACAGUGACGAGGAAAACCACAAUAGGUGGAACCCUCGUUCAGAACAUCUGCAGAGAAAGACGUAUCGUACUGCAGGACGAACCGGCUCACUGGAUGAGCUGGAGGAGUUUGCUGCCUCUUACAAGCAGAAAGGAGGCAGAGGGGCAGAGAAAAGGGAAGAAGAACGGGGAGAUUAUGAGAUGGAGCUUCAGGAGUUCAGUCGAUAUCCUUCCUACAGGGAUUGUCCACCUCAGCAUUAUCACAAUGAUGAAAAUGAGCUUGAAGAUAACAGCGACCGUGAAGAUCAUCCCAGACGAAACAAGAAAAACGGACAUAUCAUAAGUCCACUUCAUUCACCCAAAAAAAGGAGAGGCACCUGGGACAAUGAGCGCCCUGUGCCACCUCCUCCCAGAGUCAGCCCACCAUCAAGUUCUUCUCAAGAGAAGGACUACGAUGGCACGUUCCUUAAUAGCCUGCUGGAACGUAAGGCUAAAUUGCGAGGGGUCGGUCAGGUUAAGAGUGGUGCCAGGGGUGAGGAAGAUUCAGACACACCCUCAAAGGGAAGCUCAAAAAAGAGCAGCAGGGAAUCUAGUCGGCAUUGCAGCCACUCACCUAGUAACAGGCCGGAGGCUGAUUCACUGCCCUCUUACUCAGAGACAGAGAGAAGCAGAACUGACAGGCCCUCUCCGCGGCCGCUCCCAGCAAACGCUCGCUCCCCUCAGCCUCCUGCACAUUCCCUGCCCGGGCGCAGAGAGGAGCCCAGAGAUAAGAGCCGGAAAGUGGGCACUCUUCUCAGCCGGGAUUCCCUCAUUGUCUGAUCAUGUGAGGACUUCAGACAGACUCUACAGGAUCUGCAUGUCAGCUGGUGAAAGACAUUACUUCUAGUGUGUAUAUAUGCAGAGUACAGCUGACCUCGAAGGAGAGCUGAAUGAAGAAAUGGACACUUUCACUAUCGAGACUGUUACUGGGGGUUUCUGCCUGUGACGACACUGGAUGAUGAAGUCAUCGUUGUUCAGUUUCUGUCACCGGCUGCCUCAUAUGUAUCUCAGCUGGACUAACACCGAACUUAUGUGGGCUGGGUGUAUGACCUGGACUGUCCCUCCCAGCAGGACACUGUCCGUCUCCCCUCGUCCCUUUAGAAAAGGCUCCGAAGAGACUUGCUCAACGUUUCCAGCACAAUGAGUGCAUUCAUUUCCAUUUGAUGAGAUAUCUGCUUUUAAAGAGGCACAGUUGUAGAAUAGAAGGUUUAUGACAACACCAUUAUUGUAAAGGACAUAUUGUAGCUUCAGUCGUUUAACAAUACAAGCAAUGUGUCAUUCAGUCACAUAUUCAGGGACUAAAGCGCCUAAUUCAGACAGCUUUGGCAAGGAGAUUUUAAUGUUGACUAAAGCUGGAAGUAGUAACCAAAAUGACCAAAUGUUGAUAUGCAUGUAAUGUAUAUACUUAUAGAGGGGGUGGACAAAAUAAUGUAAACAUAGAAAGGGACUCUUAAAGCUGCAGUAAGCUUAAUUUUAAACGUCAGGACAUCCGCAGUGUUAAUCUUUCAAAAUGUUUCUGUCACUAUUAAAAAAAUAUUUGGUUAAUGUGACCCCUGCUGCUCAGCACCAAACAGUAGAGAGACAUGUAGAGACUAGUUGGUGAACAUAGCAGAGCUAAAGAGCCAGAUGUUUCCCUCAUGAAAAAACUAAAAACAAGAGUGAAUAUUGGACCUAGAUUCAUCGGCUGACCAGAAACGUGAAUGCUGAAGUGAAAGUGUUUGCUAAAACUUGCUUACAGCUUCAUCUAAUGCCCCCAUGUGGUCAAAAUAAUCUUAACAUUUCUUUAAAGGUCCAGUUCAUAAGAUUCAGGGGGCUAUAUUUACAGAAUUUGCCAAAAAUAGAACAUAUGAAGGAUCAUUAUGUUUUUUUUAAACAAUGAUUUUAUAUCUACCAGGUCCUUUUUUACACUAAAAAUUAGAUAAUGAUAUGAGGCACUUGCAAUCAGUUCUGCACUGCUAGAUACUUUUUAAUCCUACGCACUGGUCCUUUAUGUGACUUAGUCAUAUUUGCCAAUGAGCUGAAUAAUAUUUAAGGUUUAAUGCCAUGUAGCAAAAUUUAUCAGCUAGAAAAGAAGUCUGUUAAUUGACUUUAACAUAAGAACUCAUACAGAGCUCUGAAUGUGUCCAAACUGCAGGAGUGUUUGUCAUAAAUCAAUCAUGACAUCAUAGAGUAUAUUAAUUAAAGGAAUAAGGAUUUGAAUUAAUACUGCAGGUGGGCCUCUGAACUACUGUGACCCACAUUUGUUGUGAUUUGGUGGUGAUUUAAUCACUUCUAAGUCACAGUGCGUUUGUUACAUUAUUUUGUCUCCACCCUGUGUGUCAGUUCAUCUCCUACCACCCAGUUUCCUCACUGAGGAUCACGAAAGGUUCGUCUUAUCUUAAAACUUAUUGGUUCGCACAAAGUAACUAUUUCCUUUGAGGCACUAAAACCUGAUGGAUUUUGUAUUUUUUGUGAACAGCCGUCUGCUUUUAGAAGGUUUUUUUACUACAGUAUGAAGAGAUUUUUAUAUGUAAACUCGACCUACUGUAUUUAUGCGCGUGGUGUGAUACGAUCGUUGUAAUUUGUAAAUGAUUAUGUUUGUCUAAACUUUCCAGUGUGACUGUGUAUAUAAGAUGAAGAGUCUUUGAUUUGAGUACUGUUAUUUCUUAUCACUGCUGAGUCAACAGCUAAACCAACACCUUCAUGUGUUAUCAACAUACAAAACACACAUUAGCCAGAUUUUCUGUUAGUAGUAUUACUUAUUUUGUCCUAACAUGACACCUUGCAGUAUUUCAUAAUUCCUCCGUGUUGGGUCAGCUUAUCUUGGGAAAAGUCCAACAUCAGUGUUAAGUUGUCUUCCAUCAUGUUUUCUGCUCUCUGGUACUGACAAGUCUGUGUGUGUGUGUGUGUGUGAGAGAGAGAGAGAGAGAGAGAUGACUCUUUACUUUUCUGUAAAGGAGACAAUGUGUAAUGGAGUAUGACUCAUGUCUUUGUUCAUUGUUGUAAUCACAGACUGCCUGUCUUUACUACACAGCUGUGUCAAAACUCACAUAUCGGUUCUGCCAGCUCAACCACAGAUAUCUGUGUCGCAGUUGUUGCCAUCCACAUAAAUAAUUUGUUACAACACUCGAGUCCAUAAAGUGUCUGAUUAUAAAAAACAGUUUUCAACUGUUAAGAUUCAAGAAACGAUGUCCUAAAGUCAACUAUGUACAUUUACAACUACUUUACAGUUCUGACAUAGUUGUACUUGAAUAUUCAGCGUUUAAUGCUACUUCAUCCUGCUGCUUCUCAAUCUUUUAAUGUUUUUUGACUGCACUACAUUUAUCUGACAGUUUUAGUUAUUCUAGAGGAAGACAUGCAUACAUUGUUUUAUAUGUAACUGCCCAACAGUAUAUAAAAUAUUCAAAAUCAGUUCUCUUUAACCAACAACAAAAUGCUGCCUGUGUAUUAAAGCAUUAGAAGUAACAACAAUGCCGUAAUGUAACACUAACGUUUUUAUAUAAUUUAUUUAGUUUAUAUAAAAGAACACAGAAUCCUCUGAAGAUCAAGGAUCAGGACUUUUACUUUUAAUUGAGUUAAAGAUUAAAGAAGUUUCUUCCA